ACAAGACCUUUGUGCCAUUGGACUGUGCUAGAGAGGAAGCAAAGAUGGUUGGUCGACUGCUGGGCGUUCAGCCUUUGUUAGCAGAGUGCGAAACUAAGGAGGCGGUACUCCAGGCAAUACCGUCAGUGAGUCUGAUUCAUUUUGCCGCACAUGGAAAUGCCGAGAGAGGAGAGAUUGCCAUAUCUCCUCAUGGUGCUUCUGACAGCAUUCCACAAGAAGAAGACUACCUUUUGACAAUGUCCGACAUUUUUGGUGUUCAAGUGCGAACUAAACUGGUAGUACUUAGCUGUUGUCACAGUGCGCGUGGAUUGGUUAAAGCUGAAGGAGUUCUUGGAAUCGCUCCAGCAUUCCUAGCAUCCGGUGCACGUUCAGUGUUGGUAGCAUCGUGGGCCAUAGAGGACGAAGCAACGGAGCAGCUCAUGAAGCAAUUCUACAAGCAUCUCGCUCGUGGAGAAAGUGCCAGUGAAUCUCUUCACCAGGAUGUAAAGUGGUUGCGAAGCAACGGCUUUCCCAAACCCAAGCAGUGGGCUCCAUUUGUGCUGCUGGGAGACAACGUGACAUUUGAUUUUACGCACAUUGGGAAAGAGGAACACAAGGAGGACAGCAAUGAGGCAGAGAAGAAGCAGAGUGACUGCUGAUCCUACACAAAGAUAAUCUUGCCUGCACAUUGUUUUAAAAUGGACACUUGGUAUUAGUUUACCUAGACAUUUUUUAUUCUUUUUUAGUUAUGUAGUAACUUUUGUAAACUUGGCUGGAUCAAAGUCUAGUGACACUAAAAGCUGCAGUUUAGCCAUUAGACUGAUUAAGUAAAAAUUGCUGAGAUAAAAGGAAAAGGAAAAUCGGACACAGGAAAUUAGCUGAACAUUGAAAAAUGUGAGAAUUUUGGCAGUUUCCUCUGAGUUGCAAAACUCAAAAAUUAAUCUUUAACUCACAGUACAAGUUGUUAGUACAGAAAAAAACCUCUAUUGCUUUAAUUAAUGACAAAUGAAGGAAUGAGUUUUUUAUUUACUACUUGAUUGGUAUAGAUUUUCUCAAUACACAUUCUGAUCAAUAGUAAUUCCUAGGAGCCAAUGAAAGCAAGCAUCUGAUAAUGCAAAAACCAAUCAAAAUUUGCAUUACUCCAGCAUCCUGUGGAUGAAACAAUUAGCACUUUGGAAUCCUCGUAAAUUUGAGAAAAAUGCCAAAAUGUCUAGAAUAUAUGAUUCUUUGUGGGAAAAACUUCAGAAGGAAGGGGUUUUUUUUAGUUGAGCUGAAAAUGAAUGUCAUCAUGGUUGAUCACUUUUGAAAAGUUACAUAAAUUUCCCAGAUUUGACAUCAAUAGAGCAUGGUUAAUUAGUUGAAUGCACUCAUCCUGCCUUGAGAUUUGCUGGUUAGUAGAGUAUUGUUGUCCCAUCUUAAAUUACCCAAUGUUAAAGUAGUUUUUUACACCAAGAACAUUUACGAGAAAUUUUACAUUUUAAGAGAAAUUGGAAAGGUAGAGAAUACCAACUGUUUGCUUUGAGACAUUUAUAGUUUGUAGCAUAUCAUUUGGUGAGCAUUGCGGCAAACAUUUUGUAAUAAAUAAUGAGCUGU